AUGAGCUACGCGACGCGUGCGCUUCGACGAGAAGUCGAGCAGACGGAGCAUCCCAUCGGGCUGGGCUGGCUGCUUGCCAUUGCGCUCUGCGGCGGCGUCCUGCUCUUCACGGCAAUCGGAUUAUUGCUCGUAUGGUGGGUGAAGAAGAAUCGCCAUCGCCAUUCGGGCCCGCGGAUGGUGUACGGAUACUCGGCGACGCACAACUCACUCAUGCCGCCGUCGUCUUCGCGGUUGACGAAGAGACGGCUGCUGGGGUCUCAGUCUUUCAGCAAGAUCUCCAGUCGAUUUUCCAGCCGGUUUUCGUUUUCUGGCGGAGCGCAGCAACAUGCUGUGCCGUCGCCGCUGCCGACAUAUGAGGGCGUUCAGCUGCCUGAAAGGAGGAGGACGGUUUCCAGGGGCAGGAAGAGGUCGAGGAGCUGGGUGGACGAGGAUGAUUUGCAUGGGCCGAAGAUGGUGCGCAACAAUAAGAGGAAUGCGAAGAACUCGUGGCUUGGGAGAGAUGGGCGCUUGGGGAUGGCGCCGACGUUGCCCAACAUUGGGAUGCUUGUGCCAGAGUCUGAGAAAGGGUAUGUUCAAGUCGGUGAGCAGCCGAUGGCGCAAGGGACGCAGUCGAGAUGGCUUCCGCGGAGUCAGACUGAGCCAAGGUUGGCUACGAUACCUGGCUCGCCGUUGUCGCCGGGUGAUAAACACUCAUCGUCGGUGAAGGUUGUGCCGAUACCCCUUCGAGGACUGACGGUGCCCGUUCCUCAGCAGCCAGCUCAAAUCCGGCCAGCUCAUAUACGGUCUUCAAAGACAGAUCCAAGCCUCAAGGGCAUCUUGCGUUCAACAGACCUGAGACUCUCACAAAGGAGCUCACGUUCUCCUAUCAAGGCAUCUGAAUCGUCGUCUGCCGUGAAGGUGUCGCCGACAAAGUCAACUUGUAGCAGCCGAACCGGCGCAUCAGGAAGAUCGGGCCACGGCUGGCGUGCAUCGGGUAGUCCAUCCAAGAGAGGCGGCUCCUUUGCUGGAAGCAGAAACAACUCCACAAGCUCAAUUGGCAGUGCUGCGAAUAGUCUGAUUCUGGCGGCGACGCAAGAGCUUGAACUGCCUGGGGGUGCAUCCAGCCCUAGUAAAGCCAGGAGCGUGCAUUGGGAACAAGAUAAGGUGAAUAGAAGCCCUGAGAGGGCUCAGUAUACGGCGUCUCUGACUCAGAGUCCGCAACGACAGAGUCCUCAGCGGCAGAGUCCUCAACGACAGAGUCCGCAGAGACAGGAUCCUCAGAUGAUGAGGAUGAUGCCUCAUGUGCAAAUGCAGCCUCCACACAUGAAGUUCCCCCAGAUGCAGCACCCGCAGCUGGUUUUCCCUCAGAUGCAACGUCCUUCCAUAUCGCAUGUCCAGCAACAGCAUUCUUCAAAGAAGAGUUCUGAGCGUCGGAUGUCCGUCGACAGCGACAAAUCAAGCUCCUUGUCGACCCUCUACAGCACCAAUGAGCCAGAAGAAGAAGAAAGACCAAGGCCACAGCAACCAGCUCAAGACGACGAUCCUUUUGUGGAAAAGGGCGGCCCCAGAAGGUGGCCUAGCUGGCAAGCGCGCCAGAGACAUCCGAACACGGACUCGGCGCAGAGGCGGGCGAAAACUUUGAGUGUAGCAUCUUUGGCAUCAUUAACAUUGGGCGAGCCGUCGGGUCCACCGCCGUCGAGACCAGUCUCGGCAAUUUCACAGCCAGAUAUAAGCUGUGUGGGGGGCUUGAUGCCUCCUGUGAUAUUUGAGCCGACACCAAGAUCUGCCAAAAGGUGCUCCAUUUCCCAGCUGCCCUAUCUGCUCGAGGCGCCUUCAGAAGCGAGUUUCGCCUCAGUAUCCGUGGACUCGGAUGCGACUGAAGUGCCUGCGAGCGAGAUGCAAAGAGUAGACUCUAUUGACAGCAGCGACUCGGCGUCGUCUACCCCCACGACACCAACCAGGGGUACACAGUUCCGGGACACGUCCUCAGCGUCGCCGUUUGACGAGCGGGAGAUUAUGUCCUUGAUGAUGGGGACGGCGCCGGCUCAUCGAUCUUUACCGCUACCUCCUUCGCCUCGCAUGAUGGCUUCUGAUGGAAGCAUCAUCACGAUCCUUUCGCCUCCGCCUCGCGGUGACGGCGGCGGAGGUUUGGUGCGACAGGGAUCUACCUCGAGUUCCAUAUACACUCUUGAGUCUUUCAUUGGCGCCGAGCCAGGAACCGCAUUAUCAUCCUCGCCGUCUCGCAGAUCUGCUAUACGGUCAUUCGUCGAAGGCCAAAGGCUGAGCAACACUGUCGCCGAGCUGCGCCGGAUGAACAGCAUGAUUAGCACAUACAGCGUCGCGUCGUUGGCCUCCACAGUUGCCGGAGAAGGAGACUCGCCUACUCUCCCUGCUUCAUUGAGUGGCAGCGGCACUGGCCUAACUGCGUCUCGAUCCAUUCGUUUCGGCACGGCAAGCAUUGGCAGCAGGCAUUACCUCAAUAUCGGUAACAACACCAGGAGAUCCAUGGUUGUUGCAGGCAGCAAUAAUAGAUACGGGCCGAGGAGAUCGCUGCAUCGUCGUGCAAAGACUUACCAUUACGGUAAGGAGAAUCUGGGGCUGGGGUUGGGGCUGCGACUAUCCUGCAUUAUGGACGAGACGAUUGAUGUCGUUACGCAAGAUGUCGUUGCGCAAGAAGAGGAGGAAGAUGCAAUCGACGGUGACGACCUCGUCGAGAUUAUUGAGGGAAUCCCUUCGGUUGUACUGAGACAGAAGCUGACUCCCGUGGAACAGCUCAUUGCCGCGGAGCAGCGACAGAAUUUCCACCGGGCGAGUAUAGAUAGCCUUGGGCUGUAUGACAAUGAUGGGUUUUUGCUGAGCUCACCGGAUAGAGAUGCGAAGAGGAGAGGUGUAAGAGCAUGA